UGUAGUAUUUGCUACUCUUCCCGUCUAUUUUCACUCAGUAAGAUGGCGGCUGCGGCGGUAGUGGAAUUUAAGCGAGCUCAGUCUCUGUUGAGCACGGACCGCGACGCGUCCAUUGAUAUCUUACAUUCUAUCGUGAAGCGUGAUGUACAAGAUACCGAUGAGGAGGCCGUACGAGUUAAAGAACAGAGUAUUCUUGAACUUGGGACACUGCUUGCCAAGACUGGACAAGCUGCAGAGCUUGGAGGCCUUCUGAAGUAUGUCAGACCUUUUCUAAAUUCCAUCAGCAAGGCAAAGGCAGCACGGCUUGUUCGAUCUCUGCUAGACCUUUUCUUGGAUAUGGAAGCAGCCACUGGGCAGGAGACUUCUCUUGAGCAUCUUUCCUUGAUACAGAGGUACUGGGCAUGCCAUCAGAGAAAGGUGGAGCUUUGUUUAGAAUGCAUCGAAUGGGCAAAGUCAGAGAAGAGGACGUUCCUUCGCCAGGCUCUUGAGGCAAGAUUAGUCUCCUUGUAUUUCGAUACAAAGAGGUAUCAAGAAGCAUUGCAGCUUGGUUCUCAGUUGCUGAGAGAACUGAAGAAAAUGGAUGAUAAGGCUCUGCUAGUUGAAGUUCAGCUCUUGGAAAGCAAAACUUACCAUGCUUUAAGUAAUUUACCGAAAGCAAGGGCAGCAUUAACGUCAGCAAGAACUACUGCUAAUGCCAUCUACUGUCCUCCCAAAUUGCAGGCUGCUCUUGAUAUGCAGUCAGGUAUCAUUCAUGCAGCAGAAGAGAAAGAUUGGAAAACUGCCUACUCCUAUUUUUAUGAGGCAUUUGAGGGCUAUGAUUCCAUACUCAGUCCCAAAGCCAUCACAGCGUUAAAGUACAUGUUGCUGUGUAAAAUAGUUCUUAACACGCCAGAAGAUGUGCAAGCAUUAGUGAGUGGAAAGCUGGCUCUACGCUAUGCAGGAAGACAGACAGAUGCACUGAAAUGUGUGGCACAGGCUAGCAAAAAUCGAUCACUUGCAGAGCUGGAAAAGGUGAGAGCACUGACAGAGUACAAAGCAGAGUUGAGGGAUGACCCAAUUAUAAACACACAUCUGGCUAAGUUAUAUGAUAACUUACUAGAACAGAAUCUGAUCAGAGUCAUCGAGCCAUUCUCCAGGGUUCAGAUUGAACACAUUUCAAGUCUCAUCCAACUUUCAAAGGCUGAUGUGGAAAGAAAACUUUCACAGAUGAUUCUGGACACAAAGUUUCAUGGAAUCCUUGACCAGGGUGAAGGUGUACUGAUUAUCUUCGAUGAACCUCCUGUAGAUAAAACAUAUGAGGCUGCCCUUGAAACUAUACAGAAUAUGAGUAAAGUAGUGGAUUCACUGUACAACAAAGCAAAGAAACUAACAUAGGUGAACACAGAGCUCGAUUUUGUAGGUGAUACGUGGAGCGCGUGUGUGAGACAGGAGAGUGGAAUCUUGGGGCAAACAUGCUGAGAUUUUUUCCUCGGUCUUACUUUCACUUGGAAAGUUUUUAAAAUCCUCUCAUCGGAUGCAUCUGAAUUCCAUACAGUGCGUGUUCCAGUUUCCAUAAAACUACUACUACUAGCCCAGAUGGGUAUCAGGGAAUAUUGUAAAGAAUUUACCUGAAUUAAGAAAAAAAACACAUGCAGGGUUACACUGCCUAAAUUGUGCCUUUAAAUUCCUGAUAGAAUUCUAGUAUUCCAGUUCUUGGUUGUGAUGAGGAAAACAGUCCUCUUCCCAACCACGCUAUCAUUUUUAAAGGGAACUGUGCAGCCUUAUUUAGAGGUAUUGCGCCUUUAUUUUCCUGAAAUUUAAUAUUAAAAUGUAUGCCUUUAUUAGUGGGUAUAUGUUUUUGCAUUUUCAUUAUUGGAGUGGGGGACUGUUUCUAGUUAAAUAUUUAUACAUUUCUAUCCAAGUAGUCUGUACAUUUUAACAGGAUUUUUUAUUUUAUUCAGGGAUUGAAGAGAUGAAAAUUUGUGCUCAAUUGACCACUUGAAUUGUUGCAGCAUUAUUUGGUUUCUCUCUCUCUCCCUCUCUUUAGAAGCACUUCUCUUUUGUGCUUGUAGUAGAGACCUUAAAAGAAAUGGGUUUUAGUUACAGACUACAUUGUACUGUACAGCGGGUACUUGCUUAAUGUUUAAAUAGCAUUGCUCCUGUCUGGUGCACUAGGUGUGAUGAUGAUUAACAGGGUUUUUAAAGACUAUUUGGGCAGUGUAAGCUUCCAUACAUUUUCAGAUACUGUUUUUGUUUCCUGGUCUCUUUCUCUUAAGGUUGUUUCUUUAUAAAAUUUAUAUUUUUAAGGAGGUUCUGUUGUACUAAGAGAUAUUUUGCAUUGACUGUUCAUUCCUCUGGACCUGUACAGCUGACAACAUUCUGCUGACCUUUCCCUAAUUUCCACUGGUAUAUUUUUGUCUGUUCUGUCCAGUAUCAGUUCUGGAUAUUUGGUACCAUCAAUAUCAAAUGUACAAAGAGCUCUUGCUAACCAACACCAGGUAUAUCUGAUGUUCAGAUGAGUUCCAAUAAAUUUUUUUUUGUUUUUCAA